AUUAUAUAGCAUUGUCGUCUGACAUUCUAUUACAGGAAGAGUUUGCCCAGUUGUCUUUUUCUUUACUAAUGAUCAUUCAAUGAUUCUAAUCACGCGCUUUCUAAGAUUUAUUAAGGAUCUUGGACCAGAUCAACCUUCUUGCUUAAAGAAAAUAACAAUCGACGUUUCUGCCGCUGAACAUACAGCCAUUACAGGAGUCUUUGAUUCUGUCGUCAGUAUCCAAAGGUGUCUUUUCCAUGUUAGCAGAGGCUGGAUGGAUCAAAUUCGCAAGAAAGUCAAGUUAGGAAGCGUCUCUGCCAACAAUGCUGUCCAUAGAAGCAUGAUAGCAGCUCUUAAGAGUUUGAUAUGGGAAAUUUCAACCCAAAUGUUCGCCCAGAAGCUGCUACAUUUCCAACAGGAGUUUUCAGUGCAUGCGGAUUUCAUGGCCCACUUUACCCAAAAGUACCUUAUUGAUGAUAAGUUCAUGCAUUGGUCUGCUGCUUACCAGCCACAAAUUUUUACCAAUAUGGGAAUGAAUAACAAUAUCGAGAAUUGGCAUAACCAAUUGAAGACAAGUUAUUUACAAAGAAAGAGGAACAGAAGGCUGGAUCGCUUAAUCUUUAUCUUGGUUGAUGAUGUUCAUACAGAUUUUAUGCACAAUACUGCAAGGAUGGCCGUCAAUAUCGGACGUACUAGCUCAGAGACUAGAGAGGCAAGAAAGAGAAUUAUUGCAGCAGAAGAGAUCAAUGAGUUGCCAUUAGAAUUUAUGGUGCAGAAAGUGUAUAUUGAUGAAAAAGCUUGUUAUAUUGUCAAAUCUUUAACGACGGAAGCUGUAUACAAUAUAUCAACUGAGCAAGGAAUGAUGACUGUGUGCAAUUGUAUCAACUUUCAACGAAAUAAGAGUGUCUGCAAGCAUAUGUAUUUGGUUUAUCGCUUCAAUAAAAGUUGUAUGGUUUACAGCCAAGGUAGAUUGUCACCAUAG